AUGAAUAAUUACACCCUACCCAUGGAUGGCUGGAGCCCCCCGCCGCAUCCAAGACUUCAUCCCAGUGCUCAGUCCUUGCUAUUGAUAGUUACUCUCGUAUCUGCGCUCAUAGGCAAUCAAACUACAGAAUCGAUGCUCGGCAACCUAUGCGUCGGCAACUUCGUCAAUGUAUUUGCCCUGACGGGACUACCAGGCACCCUGGGUGCCACCAGCGCAGCGCUCAAGAUGCUGCUCAGCAAAGACAAGUUGCGAAGGUUUGGUUUCAAGGUGGAAGGACUCGCAUCGCGAGGCGCCAGGGAGGCACUCACUCAUCGAGAAACUCCGUUACAUAUCGUAGAUUGGGAGAAGCCAUGUAUGCUCAACCAAGCAAUCUUUCGCGUCCGCAUACCAAAGCUAGGACGAAGGGGUCUCCAGGACGGGUUCCGUGGGUGCGUCUGCGCCUCCUACACCCCAUGCGGAGUGACGACAGACGACCCAUUGUCAAUCAAGCUGCACUGCAACCGCUUCUGGCUCGCGGGCUUCAAUGGCGGUAUCGUAACUUGUCACCUUCUAAGAGACUUCAACAGCACCCUCACCAUUCAGCUGGUGCUCAGAGGGCUGUCGGCAGGGGUGAUCAGCUUCCUCGCAAAUUAUGGUCUCACUCGCAUUCUUCGCAUAGAAAUGCUAGGGAGAGAAUACUACGUGUUCGCCUUCUGUGGAUUCUCUGCCUCUGUCCCCGUUGCCAUCUGCUUUCGCUUUUGGCUCAAUACCGUCAUUCUGUCACCAUCUUUGGGGACCGGACAGCAGGAUAGGCACACUCACAGUGAUUACCUCGACUCCGUCGUAUACACUGGUCGCAAGUGGGCUUUCAAACCUGCCAACCUUCGUCCCGCAUACUGUUGGUUCCCGAGUCAUCCCCCGACUGAUCCCCCGACUGAUCCACGGCACGACUUUCCCUUACAAUUGCGAUGCAAGCCGGACCACGUUCGGGUAUUUAGUCAGAUGGCUCGCGAUAACCUUUCCGACAAUAGAGAUAUCGCAGCAUAUUGUGAGACAGCGUAUAGAUCAAUUCAAGGCUACACCAAUUACGAGCAUUAUCAGCGUGGUCAUAAGCGACUCAAGCGGAGUACAUUCUUCAGAUAUCUAUCAAAUGGAAUUCUGGCGGCCGCCGGUAUCUUGCACUUGUGCAGCUACUUGGUGUUCCUUGCUUGGAUUUCUACGAGCGACAACAUUGCAGGCACACGGCUCGUCGUUAUCUGGACGUUGGUACAAAUAAUUGUCCUGGUAGUCAAGAUUGCUGCUGUUGCAGCACUCCCACAUCGGAGCUGGACUAUUCAGCGAUCGGGCUGCCGACAGCAGCAUUCUGGCCGCAAACGGGCCCUCGGCAAGGUUGUGGCUGGUCUGCAGUCCAUGCUGGGCAAAUCCUGCCCCCUUGUUGACCCCGAAAACACGGGCACGGUCGCCUUGAUGAUGGGUGGAACCACUUGUCGCUUGCUGAACGAGCAACUGAAAGCAGGCGUCAUCGACCGCAUCAACUGGGACUCUUUAUUGCUGCGAACAGCAUCAAUGGUUCCGCCUUCUCACCACCCCUGCGCUAGGAUAAAGGUCGGCUCGAAUGGGGGGCUCACUGUCCCCUCUUUGCUCGUCGUAAGUGGCAGCGCAUCGCGCCAGCCUGAGCCUGAGCGACCUCAAUUUCUUUUCAUCUAUGCCGCAAUCAUGCAGCACAAUAGUCCCAGACUCUUGCGGCUCGAGUCACAAAGCCACAAUGACCUCAAAGAACGAGUGGAAGCGAUUUUACCAGUGCCAGCGAUUUUACAUGGAGCACCAAAUACGGCAAAUGCUGACAGAAGGUCCGAUCUGCCUCAGUUCCUCGUCAAUGACGUGGAGGGAGAGGUGGAGAUGUUUGUGAUGAUCAUUGCGCAGGGCCCGCCCAGUCCCACGGCAGCAAAACCUGCACAGGACCCUCCACUCUACAUCGGGCUUCUGCCCGAGACUCCAGGCGCGGGAACGUUGCACGGUGGCAUUCUCCGCGAGAACUUUGACAGUGUUAGGGAGCGACAACUAAUCAUCCGUCAUGAACGCCUCAGUCAAGGUCGCAUCGGCGCUUGCGUAGAAAUGGUCACCGUACAUCUUGGCGAACUUGCGGAUCAAGCGACUUUCUAUGAGCUUGCACCUGAACAUCAACUUCAAGAGGGCCCUGCAGUCUUUGGCGAGAUCUUUCACGUGACACUCAGGGACGGCGCGACUGUCACGACAACGGACGCUGGGCUGAGAGCGCUCCUCGAUGAUUAUUAG